AUGGUGCACUGCGAUGAUCUUGUUGACGGUAGAAUUCUACAAUUCUGUGACCACACACAAAAAUGCAUCCUCUGCACAUUAUGCCCUAGGACAUUAUUUGGUGCCUAUCAUACCAUAGAGCUCUGCUUCACCAAGAAACAUAUAGAGACAGCAAGGCACGAGCAUUAUGUUGAAAAUACCAGGAAUGGCCAGAUGGCAUCUUUGAAUCCUGUUUUCAAGGCCCAGCUGGUUAAGAAGAGUCUCAAAGAACGCAAUUGUUCUAUCAGGGAGUUUGGAUUGUCUAGGCAUAUUUUUAUGGAUGCCGACGACUUUUCUAUGGAGUUAGGCAUUCAUGACACACCUGAUACGAUGGAUUUGGAGAUCCCAUUGCCUGAGUUUUUGGAUGAUAUCGCCAGAAGUCAGACAGUUGAGUUUAGCAAAGGUGUUACUGACUUUUUUGCUGAACUUCAAGAAACUCUCGCCUCUGGACAAGUUCCUUUCUCAACACCACUUGUCCCCAUCACUAAGGACGACAAGUUAGUUUAUUAUGGUGCACCUGAUUUUGGGUUAGAAAUUCUGGGUACACAUAUCAUUUUCUCCAAACUGUUUUCAUGUCUAAAGGCAUUUACAUGUACAGAUAUCGACCUUCCAGAAACAAGGGCUAUUCUUGAUACCAACUGUCCAACAUAUCCUUGGCCAUCAAAAGCAGUGAGCAGUUGUCACAUCAGUCACAUGAUGAAUGCUCACAGCCCUCUUGAGGAUUUUGUGACUGCCCUUCUGUUCAGCUCCCCACGUCUUCCCUUUUCUGAUGCCCAGAAGAAGGCAACACUCAACUGGGCCAAGGAACUUGGUGUGCGAAAUGUGCCUUCACUCUAUGCCAUCAAGAAGUGUCAAAAAUUUGUUGAAGAUCUUCUCGGUCAACCAACAGAAAAGGUUACUCUGACUGGUCAACACCUUUAUAAUUACCACUUAUCGGGAAUCAAUGAUGGGACGUAA